AUGGCGGGCGGAAGCCUCCAGAAUGCCUCGUGGACCAACAGCAGCUCCGGCCUGCAUCUGGUCCCACACAGACUGUGGGAGGUGGUCACCAUCGCCACGCUGUCUGCCGCCGUCAGUCUGGUCACCAUUGUGGGGAACGUUCUAGUGAUGCUCUCCUUCAAGGUCAACAGCCAGCUGAAGACCGUCAACAACUACUACCUACUGAGUCUGGCUGUGGCUGACCUUAUCAUUGGUGUUUUCUCCAUGAACCUUUACACAUCUUACAUCCUGAUGGGCUACUGGGCGCUGGGGAGUCUGGCCUGCGACCUGUGGCUGGCUCUGGACUACGUGGCCAGCAACGCCUCGGUGAUGAACCUGCUGGUCAUCAGCUUCGACAGGUACUUCUCCAUCACGAGGCCCCUCACCUACAGGGCCAAGAGGACCCCCAGGCGGGCUGGGGUGAUGAUUGGACUGGCCUGGCUGGUGUCCCUCAUCCUGUGGGCCCCGCCCAUCCUGUGCUGGCAGUACUUCGUAGGGAAGCGAACCGUUCCGGAGAAGCAGUGCCAGAUUCAGUUCUUCUCUGAGCCUGUGAUCACGUUUGGAACGGCCAUUGCAGCCUUCUACAUCCCCGUGUCCAUCAUGACCAUUCUGUACUGCAGGAUCUACAAGGAGACAGAGCGCCGCACCAAGGACCUGGCUGAGCUGCAGGGGGUCAACUCCUCCACGGACCCAGUGGGGGUCCCCCUGCCCCAGAAGAACACCAUCAUGACUUCCUGUUUCAGCUGCAAACCGGCAGGCGGGCCCCAGGACCGGGCCCAGGCCUCCUGGUCUUCCUCCAGCAGGAACCACGGCCCCAAGCUGGCCGCCACCAGCGACCAGUGGUCCAAGGCUGAGCAGCUGACCACCUUCAACAGCUACGGCUCCUCGGAGGAGGAGGAGCGCCCAGUGUCCCCAGGGCCCUUCCAGCCGUCCUAUCAGACGCAGGCGUGCGGGCGUGGGCAGAGUGUGGCGGGCAGCGAGCAGCUCAGCAGAUACGAGGACGACGCUCCCCCCAGAAACACCUCUCACAAAAGCAGGAAAUGCGUGUCUUAUAAGUUCAAACCCAAAGACAGCGGUACCCCUCCGAGCAAGAACGGGGGGGAUACCCAAACAGCUUUCUCCUCAGCUGAGUCCAUGAGCGCGCCGUGCUCUUCCUCCAAGCCCACGGACGUCACGCUGAAGAUCCAGAUGACAAAGAGGAAGAAGAUGGUGCUGAUCAAGGAGAGGAAGGCUGCCCAGACUCUCAGCGCCAUCUUACUAGCCUUCAUCCUCACAUGGACGCCCUACAACAUCAUGGUGCUCAUCUCCACCUUCUGUUCCGACUGCAUCCCCAUCUCCCUGUGGCACCUGGGAUACUGGCUGUGCUACGUCAACAGCACGGUCAACCCCAUGUGCUACGCACUCUGCAACAAGACCUUCCAGAAGACCUUUCGCAUGCUGCUUCUCUGUCACUGGAGGAAGAAGAGAGAAGAGGAGAAGCUCUACUGGUAUGGACAGAACCCUGUGGUCAACACCAAACUCACAUGA